AUGUUUGGAUUGGUAAAGUUGUUCUUCUUCCUGUGCUUGGUGUUUUCGGCCGGUAAGGUAGCUGCUGCUGAUGGUGAGUGAAUGCCUUGUAUCUUGCUGUAAUUUUUUGGGGUUCGAUAGAACUUUUUACGACUUUGAGGACUAUCACAGAGGCGGACCUGACCCAGUGGCAAAAAACGUACCACUUUGCAUCCGGAAAGUAUCAAAAAAUGUGGCAAAAUACCUCCCUCUUCAAGUGAAAAUACACCGUUUUGAAGGGUGCCCGUUAUUUUUGUGAGGGAACUUCAAAACAGAGUCUUUUAUAAUCGGAGAAGGAGACAUUUUGCUACAUUUUUUGAUACUUCCUGGAUGCAAAAUGGUACGUUUUAGUGUGCAAAGUUUUAGCAGUCUGCCAGGAAAAUAAUGUGGAUUUGUCGCUGCAAAAUGGUCGACCCGUCGCAUGGCAAACCGAAAUGGAACAAAAAUGUCUCCCGCCCACUUUUGAGUUUCGUCCAAACGAAGUGUCACAACUGACAAAAGCAAUAAAAUAAUUCCGAGAAAAAUAUUUUUCCAUCGAAAAACCACACGAAAAAUUCUGUUGUGACAUUUCGUGUGAAUUUGACCGAUACUGGGUGUGCGAAGUGCCGAAACGAGGAGGGAGACUCCCUGGGUUGCCGUGCGUCGUUGUCGCGUACCAAAUUUCCAGCCGCGGCUAGAGUAAUUUUCAAGACGCCAAAAAUCCACAUUAUUUUCCCGACGGAUAGAUAAAAGCCUCGCCGUUUAGAGUUGAUGGUCGUUUCUAGCCCCAAAAUUAUUCAAAAUAAAGCCUUUUCUUUUUGAAAAUCCACAACUGUUCUUCAGAUUCCGUCACUUGCAUUGUGAACAACUGCCAAAGCUAUCAAGGCAGCAAUGAGUACGAUUGCAUCCCGAACAGCAGCUGCCACGGCAAGUUGUACGAUAAGACGGGAAAAUUCAUCCGCGACGUUUGA